AUGGCUAAGGACAAAAGAGCUAGAGAAGACAAGGAGGCAGAGAGUGCCGAGAAGCGCCAGAAGAAGGACAAGAAGGAGAAGAAACUCAAGGAUCACAAGGAGAAAAAGAGCAAGGCCAGCAAAAAAGAAAAGAAGGACAAAAAGAGAGAAAAGCAUCGGUCAACUGAUAAACCUCAGAUCGAGGUCGACAGCGCCGCUGUUGGUGAGUUCCUGAAGACCAACGAAGUUGAGAUCGAGGAUCCUAAGAAAACCAGCGUUUCUCCGACCCUUUCGUUUGACCAUCUCAGACCCCUUGUUGACUCGCGCAUCAGUAGCCAUUUGGAUAAGUAUGCCAAGCCGACACCGAUCCAGGCAGUGGUGUGGCCGUAUCUGCUCACUGGCCGCGACAUGGUGGGUGUCGCAGAGACUGGAUCGGGAAAAACGAUGGCUUUCGGUGUCCCGGCAGUGGAGCAUCUGCUGAAAUCGGACUCCAAGGCAUUGCAAGUGCUGAUUAUUUCUCCGACGAGAGAACUCGCCAGCCAAAUCUACGAUAACCUUAACGAGCUGACCACCAAGGUGGGUCUAGAAUGUGUUUGUGUCUAUGGAGGUGUCUCUAAGGACGAGCAAAGAAGAGCUGUGAAACGAUCGCAAUGCGUGAUAGCUACGCCAGGCCGUUUGAUCGAUUUAAUAGAGGACGGCAGCAUCAGCCUGGACAAGAUCAACUAUUUGGUUCUGGACGAGGCCGACAGAAUGCUUGAGAAGGGAUUCGAAGAAGACAUAAAAAAGGUGAUGAAGCUCACAAACGGCAACAGACAGACCCUCAUGUUCACUGCUACCUGGCCGAAGGAAGUGCGCGAGCUCGCAAUGAACUUCAUGGACAAGCCUGUGAAAGUGACUAUCGGACAGCGGGACGAGCUCUCAGCGAACAAACGGAUCCAACAAGUCGUCGAGGUGGUCGAUCCUCGUGAAAAAGAACAAAAAUUGUUGCAAAUGUUGCGCAAAUACCAAUCUGGUGCGAAAAAGGACGAUAAACUUUUAAUUUUCGCUUUGUACAAAAAGGAGGCCGCCAGGGUGGAGAAGACGCUCACUUACAAGGGAUUCAGUGUGGCGGCCCUCCAUGGUGACCUUAACCAAGCACAGAGAACACAAGCCUUGCAAGAUUUCAAGGCUGGUAAGCACAACAUCCUGCUUGCGACGGACGUCGCCGCAAGAGGUCUGGACAUUCCAAACGUGAAGGUUGUCAUCAACCUCACGUUUCCGCUCACCGUGGAGGACUACGUGCACAGAAUUGGGCGUACAGGACGUGCGGGUCAAACUGGUAUCUCUCACACGCUUUUCACAGAGCACGAGAAACACCUUGCGGGGGCCCUGAUGAACGUGCUGCGUGGCGCUGGCCAGCCGGUGCCCGAGGAGCUGCUCAAGUAUGGCUCGCAUACGAAAAAGAAGACUCACGGGGCUUAUGGCGCGUUCUUCAAAGACGUCGACAUGACUAAGAAGGCGAAGAAGAUAACGUUUGAUUAG